AUGUGUGUGAAUACUGAAUGAGGAGUCGGCUGCUGCAUGCUGCCACAACCUGCUCUGGAUUUAAAUAACCUUCAGCAUAGAGAACACCAGUCGAAGGAAAAGCUGAAAGAUUUGAGAAUUGUGAAAGAAAUCAAAACAGCACUGUUGACUGCAUUCCUGCUGAAAGAAAAAACAAGAAUACAGAAGAGAGUGAAGAAACAUAAGUGUCCAUCGGUGUCAACUGAUUCAAUUGGAAGAAUGUAUAAUUCCAUGUGUUUCCUCAUCCUGUCGUGGGUGUUUGCUCUGCUCGUGUUCCCAGGAGUGCCAGCGAGGAGCGGGGAUUCUUUUUCAAAGGACAACAUCACUGUCAGACAAGGGGACAGCGCCGUCUUGAAAUGUACUGUGGACAGCAAGGUAUCGCGGGUGGCUUGGCUCAAUCGCACCACCAUUCUUUAUGCGGGCACUGACAAGUGGUCUCUGGACCCUCGCGUUGUCCGAAUGGACAACACACCCGUGACAGAGUACAGCAUAAAGAUCCAGAACGUGAAUGUACACGACGAGGGGCCCUACGUGUGCUCCAUCCUCAUGAGCAACAAACCCAAAUCGUCCAAAGUGCAUCUCAUUGUUCAAGUACCUGCAAAGAUCACAAACAUAUCGACGGACAUCACAGUGAACGAGGGCAGCAACAUUACUCUAAUGUGUCUUGCCAUUGGACGACCAGAACCCAACAUCAUAUGGAAGCAUCGCUCGGCAAAAGGCCACAAAUUUGUCACUGAAGGGGAAUACGUUGAUAUGACAGCGAUCACUAAAGAACAGUCGGGAUCGUAUGAAUGCAUCUCCUCCAAUGACAUCUCAGCCCCAGAUGUGAGGACGGUGAAAGUCACAGUCAAUUACGCUCCCUUCAUUUCGAAUGCCAGGAGUACAGGUACCCCAGUGGGCCAAAAAGGGGUGCUCCAAUGUGAGGCCUCUGCUGUUCCUGGGGCAGAUUUUGAGUGGUACAAAGAGGACCGCAGACUCUUCAAUGGACUGAAUGGGGUUAAGAUAGAGAGCCAAGGUAAACAAUCCAUGCUUAUGUUUUUGAACGUUUCUGAAGAGGACUACGGAAACUACACGUGUGUUGCCCUGAACACCAUGGGGAUCACCAAUGCAAGUAUAAUCCUCUAUGGCCCCGGGACCAUGAUGCACGAUGUGAACAGGGCAGCCCUGUCGCCCCACUGCUCAUUCUGCCUACUGCUGACUGUUUUCCUUUUGUUCCUACUCAAGUUUUGAUGCAACACAGGCCAUCCUCAGCUUCUAUCAGCACUGAAAAACAACAAGACUCUUGGUCCCAGAAGAAGAAAUGGAACAAAAGGAACCACCAAUAACAUCGUUGGUUUGCUCUUCUUUUUUGGGGGGUUUGCAUUGGCGGUAUGUCUUCUUUUGGACAAAAACCAGAAGACGGGACAUAUCUAGGAGGGUGGGGAGGGAGAGGGUCGACCUGGAAGCUGAUCUGAGGUGAUGGUAGUACUACCAAGUUUGUGUCACUCCAACCUUUUGUAUGUAAAAAAGGGGAAACAAAAAGUUAAUGUAAGUGUUGAUAGUUGACUGGUUUUGCCCAAAUAUUGAGGUGUACAUUCAGAUUACUGGUGUGUCCUGUCCUGUUUGUUCUCUGUACAAUAACAUAAGCUUUUUUAAAGUAAAUUACAAAAAAAUAAAACAUGCAAUGUGAUUGUUCAUUUUACUGUAUUUUUACAGUUGUAUGCAACAGAAUAAUAACAAAAACAGACCAUUCAAUAUAAACAAUGUCAACUUCAGUGGCAGAACAAUACAAUAUCAAAUAUUUAAGGAUUAUUUGUGACAAAUGAAGUUCAUACACAGCAGAAAAAGCACUGUUGAAACAUAAACAGCACUGACACAGUUUUGGGGGUUGUCACUGAGAAGAACUGCAUAGUCAAAGACAAAUGAUGACAGUGCUUUUUAAGUUGUCUGAAAUUGGCUAACGCCUUUUGAAAAGGAAGUUUUGAGACAGAAAAGACUGAUAUACACAGGCAGAAAUGUGCAAAGAAAACAGUUUAUUCACUGCACAAGUGAUUUGUUCUCUCACCGACUACAGUGACAUCCCACAAUCCCAUUCAGCUAAUGUGGGUGUCUACGAACAAACCGCAAACGGUAAAGUAAAAACAACAUGAUUCCAACAGGAUACAUGUAAGAAUGCGUACUGCGCUCCCCACUACAAGAAGUGAAGAGAAAUGAGUCAUUGAGAGUCAUUGAUCAAAUGUUCUGAUCUCUCUUUAAAUGGCAAAACCUUGCAGAAAACAAGAGUAUAAACCCAGAAGUCAUUCUAGCCCUCUGCAUUGACCAGAGAUUGAAACAUUGUGAAUGUCUGUCGGUUUGUGUCCUCUCACUGUUUCAGGCCCUAUUCAAAUAAACAUUGAAAUGGAUGUGGAUGUAUAUAUCUGCAUAUCUAUUGAACAGACACAAAGGUUUCUGAUUUAGGAACCGUUUCCAAAUGACAUUGCCUGAUUACCUAAAUUACUGUCACAAUCAAUUCUAAAAAUUCUGCAAAGAGCCUAGCAGAAAUUCACUGAACCACGUUAUUUAUUUCCUCUAGUUUAGAAUGUUUCUCAUGUACUUUACCUGCAUGGUUAACUGUUUGAUAUAGCCAGGGCCGGCUCCAGGCAUAAGCGGUCGCUUACGGCCUCAGGCUGCUAGGGUGCCCCAGAACAGCAACAACAAAACACUUUUUUUUUAAGGAACUCGGGGAUCUCAACUUACUGUUGAGAGUUAAACUAGUAGAAUACACAAGGUGCCAGUAUAACAUUUGGUUGUGCAUCAGCAAUUUUUAUCUCAAUUAGCCAUGUCAGCUAACAAUUUUUAGAUUGGUAAGUUAGUCUAGCCAGCUAUCUACGCUUGUAGUAAGCAUGGCUGAACACCGACCAGGCACACAGGGCACGUGCCCACGGGCCCUGACCUCAAGGGAGCCCCCAUUGAUUUGAUUAGACACUCUCACUCAGAUAUCAUUAACUUAUCAUUAACAUGGCAUAAGUUAUGGCAAAUUGUGGAGACCUGCAGGAAAUUAGCUUUAAACUGAAAUAAAGUAUCUCCACCCAAUUAGCUGUAAAACCGCCCUUUUUUCUCCCUGCCCCAUGGCAAAAUGUGUGGAAUUGCAGGAAAUGUACUUUAAAACAUACGUACAAGUGAGUCCAUGAAUCGCAAUGAUGUAACCGUUAUGGUGAGUAAUCAACAUGUCAGCUCAAGAUAAAGUUUUACAUUGUCCAUAAAUUAUGAACUGUGAAAACAAAGUCCUUAGUCCUUUUGACUAUGUGACACAUUACUUCCCAUGAUAGCCCACACAAAAUGAAACAAUAACAUACAAGUGUUGGAGGAGGCUUUGAAUCCAAUUAAGAUCACAUGCGUAUCAAAUGCAGGCUCUAAAGUUCUUUCAUUAUAAAAUGUCCAGUGAAAAACAAUUAAUUUGCCAUAACAAAUGUAGCUUGCCAUUUGAUCUCUACAUUUUUUGCCCUGACCCCAGUGAUCUAUCAAUCAGAGGGUUGAAUAAUAAAGGGUGAGUAUAGGUAUGUCCCCUGUAUCUCUAUCAACUCUAUCUAUUUGGGGGGCUCAAGCUGUUAUAUCUUCUCCUUUUCUUUCAAAUGAAUAAGAACCAUUCAAUGUCACAGCUGUCACUUCUGAUCAGCCUUCGCACAGCCACCCCACAAUGCAAUCACCACCUGGUUUGUUGCAUGUUGGUCUCGUCCCAAAACUGCCUGGUUAUCAGGCAGCAGCAGAGAAGAGUGUGCAUACACACACACACACAGACAGACACAUGUGCAGGCAUAUACGUAAACACACACACAGACAGACACAUGUGCAGGCAUAUACGUAAACACACACACAGACACCCUUCAGACUAUGUCAUUUUGAAGACUAUAAUGGGUUAAAAUUGGGCCCCCUGUCUUGGGAAUUCAUUUCCACAGUAUUUAUACUCUAGUUAACUGUAAAUACUACAGUACUCACUGUAGUGUAUGAGAAAGUGUGGGAUAUAUAUAUAUAUAAUUAUGCUCAAACUGAAAAAUCCUUAACUGAAAUAAUGAGUAUUUCUAUCAUCCUAAUUGAGGUAUAGAUUACAUCUCACAUCCCAGCGUUAGACCUUUUAAACAAGGCUGCGUGGGAUUUCUGUUAAUGUGACUCCGUGCAGCCAAUGGCAAUGUCCACUUUAGGUAUGCCAGGAGCCGGUUGUGGAUUUGACAGCUUUAACACAGUUCCACCUCCGCCGCCGCCAAAACAACUGCUAUGUGGAUGUCGGCUAAAGCGGAUCUGAUUGAAUAGAGCCCUAACCAUGCAAAGGAAGAGAAAACAAACUAAGGUUAUGUAGUGCAUUGUGUUUUAUAAAAGAGAACAUUCAAUGAUUUACUAUUACUGGAUGAAUACGGAUCAAAUGAAAUGUUGUCAACACACAAUACACAUGGUUUUGAACUUGAUGUUUAUAUGUAAAACAUGAGUAUUAUCAAGACUGGUGUCUCCUAGGUCAGAAGGAUAAACUGUAUUGUUUUUCUUGCCCCUCUCCCACCCAUGUACAGUGGCCCUUUGAUGAGUAUUUCUUCAAAGUUCUCCAGAGUGUCGUAACUCUUGAUAAAUGUCUCUGUCAAUUGAGGAAAACUCAAAGGAAAGCUUUUUUAGCCAACAUAAGUUCUGUGAUACUGCGAAUCUGUGUAUAAAUGAUCAUGAACGGUGGAUUAGUCAAAACUGUAAUCUUGCAGUUAUGACAAAGAGAGGGUCGAAAGAUAGAUUUAGAUCCCUGGGAAACAAAUCAAAUCUUAUUGGUCACAUGCACAGAAUAUCAACAAGUGUAGACCUUACAGUGAAAUGCUUACUUACGAGCCCCUAACCAACAAUGCAGUUAAAAACAAAUAUUAUAGUAAAUACGAAUAAGAAUAAGAAACAAAAGUAACAAGUAAUUUAAGAGCAGCAGUAAAACAACAAUAGCGAUGUCAUAUCUACUUAGACUGUUCCAUGCCUGGAGUCAACGUACAUUAUUGAACUAAACUAAGCAGCACAUAUGCAAAUGACUGGCUAGCUAGGGAGCUGUUGUUGUUUUCUCUUUUUGAUCAAAUCUCAUCCAGUUUACUGUACAAAAGUGUCAAAUGUUUAACCAUACUGGGUACUCGGCAAAACUGUACAUAUGCUGUCAAUAAAAGCUUAAUUAAUGGUCUAUUAAUAGUUAAUGAACCCGUAUGCAUUAAUCAAUUAUGUAAAAAACUAUAAACAACAAACAGAAAUUGCAUAGGAAACCUUUUAUUAAUUGUCAAAUCAUAAGCCUUUUGUAACAAGGCUCAGCGUUUGGCAAGUAAUAAGUAUCUAUACACGUUUUCUCAUUGUUUUACAUGACUCCAUUCAUGUUUGUUAAUGAUUCCUUUAGCAAAUGGCACACAGAUAGGAAGUGUCACCAAGUAGUAUGUCUGUGUGCGAAAAACAAUUAUGUCCAGCUAACAGUAUGAACAUAAUACCCCUCAGAACCAACAUAAUACAACACAACUAAUACGCAAUCAGAAACCGUCUCUUCGUUUUUCCUGCACCAUUAUUUUAAAGGGAUAGUUCACCAAAAUGUCAUACCUAAUGAAAGGUUUCAUUUUCUAAAAAUGACUAUACAGUAGGGGUUUUACAGAUAGCAAUCCAUGAUUUGAGUUUGUAAAUAAACCAAAAGUAAAAUGAGGGUCAGAGUUACCAUGGGGAUCCACUUUCAAGUAUAACUUGUUCAAUUGGAAACAAUUAACACACAUUUGGCUUCAUGCAAUUGGAAAAUGCUAUACUUCCUAACAAAAGUAAUUUGUUCUCUGGCUAAAUUAAGUUCAAAAUAAUGUAUUGCAGUGUCAUACCACAUGGAAGUAUGUUUAUCAUGAAACAUGAAAGGUAUGCAGUUUAACUGAAAGAGGGGGUCAAAUUAUCUAUAUCAGGGAUGGGCAACUGGCGGCCCCUCUUUUGUAGGUCUGUGGACCAAUUUCAUCCCCCAAAAUAAAUAAUAAUACAUAUUGUUAUUAUAAAAAAUUUUACUCAGUCGGGGUCUCAACUUAAUUUGCAAUUUAAAAAUGUGGUCGCGCAUCAGCAGUCACUCAAUUACGGGCAAGUCAGCAAAUUUGCUGUCAUGAGGGGGCCACUAAAAUGUUUUGCUCGCAAGGUGGGGGGGGGGGGGGCUACUGCGGCCCCUCAUGAUAGGUUACAUUUUUUUGUGGCCCCCAUCCCCAUCAAAGUUGUCCAUCCCUGAUCUAUAUCACGCUAGCAGUGUGCCUUGUUUGCUUUUUUGUUGUUGAAAUGAUUAAUGUAGUUGGACCACAGUCCACAGGUUAAGUAUACCACACUCAACAACAAAGGUAUUAUCUGGAAACAGUGGGUGCAAUUUCAUCAGAAAUGCAUAUUGUGAAUGUUUCAAUUUCCAAUAUCAAUUGUUUUGGAGUUUGCUGACUCUUGAUGUCUAUUUUUUAAUUUCAGGUUACGAUAAACGUGGCAAUUUUUAACAAUUAUUUUAUAAUCCAUACAGUAGAAAACAACGGAUGUCAAUUGCACUUAUCGGCAUCGUGUUGAUUAGUGGCGUAGCACAGUUUCACAGGACCCCCGCAAGGUCCGAUCUUUUCCCUUAUAAAAUUGCCCUAAAUAUACAUGUUAAGCUGAAAUAAUGCAACAAAAUUCCCCCCAAAAAUCUACUGUAAAAAAAAAAAAAAAUCCCUGUCGGAAAAGGAUUGUACUAACUUCCUCUAAGCUAAUUUUCUACUAUUCUACAAAUUUUUCCAUGAGGUUGAAAGAAAAUGCUGCAGUUUUAAAGAUAAUUUCCUGUAAUUCUAAACUUUUCUUUCAUGGCUUAUAACGCUUUCAUAUACUAUUUGAGGGGCCCGACCUCCGGGGGACCCCGCCCAAAGCUUGUGGGCCCUCCUGCCUUGUGGGGGCUGUGUGGUGUGUGCUACGCCAGUGAUGUUUAUUCAAACCAAGGGGGUUCCUACUAUUGUAGCCUCACAACAUAUAAAGUACAUUCAUGUAUCAAACUGUAAAGAAGAGCAACACACUAUCAGUGUCUCCGCAUGAUACCCUUGACAUCAUCACCGCAACUUGCAUUCUCAGAUGAAAUACAUGCAACAUUAACCAUUCUGCUAUGAUUAUUACACAUCUGAAUAAAAACAUACAAUAAACCAACCACAUGUGCAAAUGUCAUGCUAGAACGAUAACACAUCUGACACAUAAGUAUUUGCACUUUAAAGGAGCACUACUCAAUCUCAGUUUCCACCCACAGUGAGCCCCUAACACAUACGUUUGUAAACAUUUGUGGGUCUUGGCAAAUGUAACCGCCAUAUAGUUAUUUGAAUUAUAUUGUAACUACCCCAAAACCAGUGAGAGUGGGGGGGUUUUGGGAGGAAUUACUGCAGAAUUCAAAUAACUAUUUGGCAGUUGCACAUAGGACAAAUCAUAAUUUGAGAUAUGCACAAUAAUCAAACGUUUGCGUAAACCAUGCAAUGAUGUCAAUGAAAGGUUUGCACCAAAGUGUUCUACCCUAAAUUAUGAUCUUCAUCCCAUUCAUUCAAACUGGGAACAGGAAUUUGUAAGUGAUCAACUUUAUUAACAUUCAAAUGUUCAAAUACUUUUGCCUCGUUUAUUGACUACAGGAGAUAAUAUGCUGCACAUUUGUUUUUCAGCGUAACUUGUCAAGUUAUUCGCUAUCUGUAAAUGAAAUGGUAUUGUACAUUUACUUUUUCUAUUUUUCCCUUCUGUUCUGUCAAAAGUAUUAACAAAAACUGUAUGUCAAUGACUUUUGGUAAGAAACAAAAUGAACGUAAUAGUAUUGAACUAUUUGUGCAUGUUAAGGCGUAGUUGUAUCUUUUCUAUUUGAGAAUGAGUAAGAGAUGGUUGUAUCUGUUCAGUGUAAUAAAGCUUAAUGAUAUUUUCCUCUAAAUAA